UCGAGUAGGCAGGUUCGAAAAUCGCGUAAACCAAACCAUAAAUUGGCAUUGUAGCACGUAUUUUCAUCACAUCAACGCACCUACCCACAACGUUCAUCAUGGGUGACAUGUUUCGUAGCGAGAAAAUGGCGCUCUGCCAGUUGUAUAUACAACCGGAGGCAGCCUAUGUUUCCAUUGCCGAGCUUGGCAACCUCGGUUGCGUUCAGUUCCGUGAUCUGAAUGAGCAUGUUAAUGCCUUUCAUCGGAAGUAUGUGAACGAAGUUCGACGCUGCGAUGACAUGGAGCGAAGGAUACGCUAUAUUGAGAAUGAGCUGCGAAAGGAUGAUGUGAAACCACCAAAGAUGACCGAGGAACAGGAACCGGGUGCACCCAAUCCCCGCGAGAUUAUCGACUUGGAGGCUCAGCUGGAGAAAACGGAAAACGAGCUACGCGAACUGGCCAGCAAUGGUGCCAGUUUGAAUGCCAAUUAUAGACAUAUGCAGGAGCUGAAGAACGUACUCCAGAAUACAGAGGGUUUCUUUUCCAGCCAGGAGGUUAUGAAUCUGGAUAGUAAUCGCUAUAUAGACCCACUAGAUCCGGUUAUGCAACAACGCGGUCAAUUGGCUUUUGUGGCGGGAGUCAUCAAACUGGAGCGCUUCUUCUCCUUCGAACGUAUGCUAUGGCGCAUAUCGCGCGGCAACAUCUUCUUGAAACGCAGCGAUAUUAGUGGAAUGUGUGAGGAUGAGGAGACGGGCCAGCAGGUGCUGAAGACCGUCUUUGUGGCCUUCUUUCAGGGCGAUGAGCUUAAGCAGCGCAUCAAGAAAGUGUGCGCAGGCUAUCAUGCCUCCGUCUAUCCCUGUCCAAGUUCGCAUGAGGAGCGCACGCUCAUGAUUAGGGAUGUCAAUACUCGCCUGGAGGACUUGAAGAUGGUGAUCAAUCAGAGUGCGGACCAUCGCAGUCGUGUUCUACUCUCUGCAUCAAAGCAUGUUUCAGCCUGGGCCAUUAUGGUACGAAAAAUGAAGGCUAUCUAUCACAUACUCAACUAUUUCAAUCCCGACGUGACGGGCAAAUGUCUGAUUGGUGAGGGCUGGGUUCCCAGUCGUGAUAUUUUUCUUGUGCAGAAUGCGCUAUCGAGUGCCUCAAAGCAAGCCGAGAGCACAAUACCAGCCUUCAUGAAUGUCAUACAGACCAAUGAGAUGCCUCCGACUUACACACGCACAAACAAAUUUACCCAAGGCUUCCAGAACCUAAUCGAUGCUUAUGGCAUGGCAUCAUAUCGUGAGGUGAAUCCAGCCCUAUAUACCAUCAUAAGUUUCCCUUUUCUUUUCGCCGUUAUGUUCGGCGAUAUGGGUCAUGCUGUAAUAUUGCUAGUAUUUGCACUGUGGAUGAUCAUUAAGGAGCAAAAACUGGCCACCAUUAAGGAGGAGAUUUUCAGCAUAUUCUUUGGUGGUCGCUACAUUAUCCUUUUAAUGGGCUUAUUCUCACUCUAUACGGGCUUCAUCUAUAAUGAUGUGUUUAGUAAAUCCAUGAACAUAUUUGGCUCAGGCUGGAUAAUUCCCUACGACAAUGAGACCAUGGAAGAUCCCACAGUGAAAAUGUUACAGUUGCGUCCCAAAUAUGCCAGUGUCAAGACAUACCCAAUGGGUAUGGAUCCUAUAUGGCAAAUGGCUGACAACAAGAUCGUAUUCCUUAACACAUUCAAAAUGAAAUUAUCUAUCAUUGUUGGAGUGAUUCACAUGAUCUUCGGCGUUUGCAUGUCGGUUGUGAAUUUCAUACACUUCCGCAAGUACAUGAGUAUUAUUUUGGAGUUCUUUCCCCAAAUCCUGUUUCUAGUGCUGCUCUUCGGAUACAUGGUGUUCAUGAUGUUCUUCAAAUGGGUUGUCUACAAAGAUGACACUACGGAUCAGGCACUAACGCCAGGCUGUGCUCCUUCUAUUCUUAUUCUCUUUAUCAACAUGAUGCUGUUUGGACAUCAAGAGCCACUCGCAGGCUGCAAGGAAUAUAUGUUCGAAGGUCAGGAAUCGUUGCAGACCGUAUUCGUGCUUGCGGCCCUGGUAUGCAUUCCGUGGAUGUUGCUUGGCAAGCCGAUCUACAUCAUGAUGACAAGACCCAAGCACGUAGCAGAACCUGGCAAGCCUGCAGUAAGCAGUGGAGGGGGCGGGGGUCAUGGCGGCCAUGGCUCAGAAGAUGAGCCCAUGGGCGAGAUUUUCGUACAACAAGCCAUACACACAAUUGAAUAUGUACUCAGUACAAUUUCGCAUACGGCCUCCUAUUUGCGUCUGUGGGCCCUUUCUUUGGCGCAUGCACAACUUUCUGAAGUGCUCUGGAAUAUGCUCUUCUCCAUUGGAUUUAAGUCCGAGGGCUUUACAGGCUGUAUAGUUAUUUACUUUUUAUUCACGGCCUGGUCAGGACUUACGGUAGGAAUUUUGGUACUCAUCGAGGGUCUGUCAGCUUUCCUGCACACACUCCGAUUGCAUUGGGUCGAGUUCAUGAGCAAGUUCUAUGAGGGCGGAGGCUAUGCCUUCGAGCCAUUCUCCUUUAGGGUUAUUCUGCAAGCAUCGGAAGAAUAAUGAAGUUGCAGUACGCAAUGAAGUAAUUCGAGAAUUAUUUUCUUUUACGGUGUAUUUGAAAUAAAUCCGCCUAAUAUGCAUAA